AUGUCUCCCCCAGUCCGCGCGGCGGCGCUGCAGCUCUGCAGAGGGCCAGGUCUUUACUCCGGAGCACGGGGGAGGGCACGUUUCUGGGGACCCUUAGAGCAGGGGGCGACGCGGUGGUGCGGCAGUGGCGGCAACGUGAGAGCCCCUGAGCCCCAGGUUACCAUGCCCUUGCUUAGCAUCAUACUGAGUGCAGAGGACAGAGCUCUCCCACCUGUCACCCUGGCCCUUCUUUGCUUGGAUGGUGUUUUCCUCUCUGCAGCCGAAAAUGACUUUGUCCACCGUAUCCAGGAGGAGCUGGACCGCUUCCUGCUGCAGAAGAAGCUGUCAAAGGUACUUCUUUUCCCACCGCUCUCCAGUCGCCUCCGGUACCUGAUCCAUAGAACAGCAGAGAAUUUUGAUCUCUUGAGCAGCUUCUCUGUUGGGGAGGGCUGGAGGAGGAGGACGGUCAUCUGUCACCUGGAUAUCAGGCUACCCAAUUCAGAUGGCCUCUCUGGCCCCUCCUGCCCUCCUGCCUCUCAUCCUGGCAAGAACCAUGGUCCUUGGCCCAACUUAAACCAAGAACCACCUGCUGGUCCCCGAGGGGCACGGCCUGGCCGGUGGCAUCGUGGACGCAAGCCAGACCAGGCUUUGUAUGUGCCCCGGAUGCUUCGUAGGCGGCAAGAAGGGGCACCGGCCCCCGCCCCAGGGCUCAAGGGCAAGGCUCCAACUGUUGACAUCCCAGAAGAGCCUGGAGAUGUUGGUGCUGGGGACCCCAGCUCUGAUCAGGGACUUCCUGUGUUGAUGGCUGGGGCAACAGAGGACUUACAAGACCUGAGCCAAAGUUGUGAGAAUGAGCCACUGUUGGAUCCAGUUGGCACCGAGGCCCCAGGGCCUGACAGUCACUCAGGAGAAGGAGAUAGUUUGGAUAUGGCCACACAGCUUGGGUGCAGCCUGCAUCUAAACCUGGUAGAGGGCAAUGAGAGUCAGCCAGAGAAGAGCAUGGCAGCAGAAGAGGAGGAAGAAGAGGUGGGAGAGGAGGGCCAUGGCAGCUGCUCAGAGGAUGACUACAGUGAGCUGCUACAGGAGAUAACACAUAACCUGACAGAGAAGGAGAUUGAAGUAGAGAAGAUCUACGUGGACAUGUCCUCCUUUGUAGAGGAGCUGCCUGGAGAGAAGGACUUUGGCCAUGUAGUGGAGAUCUACAGCUUUGAACCAGCGCUCAAGACUGAGGACUUGCUGGCAGUGUUUUCUGAGUUCCAGGAGAAGGGUUUCAAGAUCCAGUGGGUGGAUGACACUCAUGCUCUCGGUAUUUUCCCCUGCCUGGCCUCAGCUGCUGAAGCCCUGUCCAGGGAUUUCUCAGUGCUCAAGAUCCGGCCCCUCACACAGGGAACCAAGCAGUCAAAGCUCAAAGCCUUGCAGAAGCCAAAGCUGCUGCAGCUGGCGAAGGAGAGACCACAGACAAAUACAGCGGUGGCCCGGAGGCUGGUGGCUCGGGCCCUGGGGCUCCAACACAAAAAGAAAGAGCGGCCUGGGGUUCAGAAUCCUCUGCCCUGA